AGCACGUUCACCCCUUACUCAUGCCGUCCAGCCGUCCCAUGGUUCCUCUCUGCAUGACCUCCAGCUGCAAUAGCUCUUUGCCACUGCGUUUGCAGUCUUCGCCCGCGGGUGGCCCAUCUCUCGACCGUCGGUCUCGGCUCUGGGUGUAGGCAAUUACAUAGGAGGUUCGGCCCAUGGCUAUGAUUGUUCCACCAGUUGAAUAUACGACCUCGAGCUCCGCCGCGCCGUCGUCGACAGUGAGCAGCGGAAGUGCCCAUCAGGGUGCGGGUUUGACAAGUUCGGCGUCACUAUACUUGUAUACGUUCCUUGGUGAGGAUAUAUUGCUCUGUGCGGAGAGCUGCACUGCGAGGGCGUUCUCGAAUGCGCCACCCGCUUUGUCGAGGACAAAUUACGUGGUAAAACAUGACUACUGACAAAUCUACCUCUGCAGCAACCCUUGUCCUUCUGCUCUCCGUAUCCGCUGCGAUCGUCGUGCGCUCGUAUAUUCUGCGCCGGCGGCAGCGACGCCUGUUCGAGGAAGCUAUGCAAAACGGCUCAUUCUCCAUGCCGUCGUCUGCUCCUGGCCGCAGGCGUUGGACGCUCACGAGGCCAGUUUUGCACGAUGCGCAUGUAUGCGUGGAUUAUGACAGUCAUGAGAAGACGCGGUAUGUAAGGGGAGGUGAGGGGAGUGGAAAAGUUCAGAAGUGGUGGGCGAGGACAUUGCCGGUUGCGGCCAGACUAGUCGUUGCACCUAACACAGCAAUGACAACUCCCUCACCAUAUCCUGUGACUCGCUCCCCAACUCCCUGGCACCGCCGUCUGUUAUCCAGAGUAUCCCCAUCACGAGCGCUCUCACCCCGCACACGGUCAAACUCGAGCCCUCCUCCACGGCGCCGCCCGUCCCCGCCGUCGUUCGACGAUCUGGAGUCGCAGCCUCGGGCCAUCGAGUUAACAUAUCUAGUGGCGAUGCCCGCCCCGCGUCGCGAGAACUUCCCCGCUGAGCAUGCGUAUAUCCCGCAAGUCGAAUUUGGGAUCGAGCGCGUUCCAGUGUGUGAGGAUCCUGGCGAAGGGUGGACGUUGUAGACGAAAUGUUAGCUCAUGACGUUAUGAGAUGAACGAGUCUGAUGCCAUGUUGUUGACUAGUAAGUACUAACUACUACUGCGUUAGCCUUGUUGUAUGAUGCUCUUGUACCUGUACUCUAUCUACCACCUCUUUAUUCACAAUCACCUCGGAGAGAAACAUCUCUGCUCGAU